AUGCAAGAGUGUGGAUUCAGAGGUGGCCACUCGAUCCCAGCCGAACUUGUCGUCAGCAUGGGCCAUGAAAAAGUCUUUGAGCUCCUUCUCUGCCAGAGUGGACGCCGCGUGAUGCAGCGGCAGCGCGUCGCGAAGCCUUUCCAUCUUCAGUUUUUUUACAUCGGUGAAGGGGUCUGUCUCGCGGAGCUUUUCGUCUUCGAGAUCAUCGGCAUGCUCCUGACGAGGAGCAAGAGCCGAAUAUUCACCGUUCGUGUGGUGUCACCGUCGACGGUAUACUGGUGCUCUGCAAUGUCCUGUUCACGACCAAAAUCUUCCUCCUCGUCUUCGUUCCACAACUCUGCUUCCUCCUGCCAAUCUGAUUCACUGUAUCCAAAGCCAUAA